AUGCAAGAUACAGAAUAUUUUGACGACUUAGCAGAAACUUUGACAUCUGACUUUUACAACCACUUGUUCUCAUAUUUUAUGACAUUAGAUAUUUCAAAGUUCAAUCCAAGACAAAUUCCACAUACCGAAGAGAGACAAACAUUGUUAGAAGCAAACAAGAGUGUAUAUGAACUGUUUAUAGAUGAGACUAACUUUGAGUGUUUAGAUGAAAGGUCAUUGUACGAUUCGUAUAAACAGUAUUGUCAAGAAUAUGGUUAUAUGGCAGCGUCUAAACGAACAUUCUUGGCAAAUAUCAAAAAUCUUUUAGAUGUUCAGAAUGGUGUAUAUACAAAGAAAAAUUUUUCUGAGUAA